CCUCACAAUCCUAACUUUUCCCCUCAUUCCCUUCCAGCCACUAAUCUGUUACUGGUGACGUUGCCGUUCCCCUCCUCCUCCCACCCUUUCACUGAAAGCUCUGGUGGGCUCCCGCUUUCACCAUCAGCUGAAAAUGCACCGUCGUUGGGAAUAGCAGCGAUCAGUGCCUUCUCUCCCCCUCCCCCGCUUACCUCCUCAUCCCACCUCCUUGGAGCCAAAGCAAACCCGGAUAUCACCUCGCAUCCAUCGGGAUCCACGGCGGAAAAUAAAAGAGCUAUUGAAGAUGAUUUGGUCGGAAGUCGGUUUUGGGGAUCUGAUGCCACAAUGAAGACAUACACACAUGGAGUACCAGUCGUAUUUUUCAUAAAUUUGUUUUGCUCCCUGUUAGCAUUCACUGUAAAUGAAAAAUCUGGUGGUACCAUCCACUUUAUGAAUGGGAAUUAUGAUGGUCAUCCCAUGCUGUACUUCUCUAAAGGAGAUGUGGAGGAUCUGCGGCUCAAGGCAAGAGGCACUCACCGGCACAUUGCAAAUAGAAUUCGGGACGCAGGACAGAUCAUGUUAUCAAGUCCAAAGGAAUAUCUGCCUCCUUGGGAUCCUAAACAUUUUAGUGCCCGUUGGAAUGAAAUCUAUGGCAACAACCUGGGAGUAUUGGCUAUGUUCUGUGUACUGUUUCCUGAAAGAACCGAUGCUGUGGAGUUUGCCAUGGACUACAUGGAGAGGAUGGCAUCUCAGCCUAGUUGGCUGGUGAAAGAUGCUCCGUGGGAUGAGGUUCCAUUGGCUCACUCACUGGUGAGUUUUGCAACUGCAUAUGACUUCUUGUAUGACCAACUGAACAGAACUCAACAGGAAAAAUAUCUGGAGGUCAUCGCUGAUGCCUCUCGCUAUAUGUAUGAAAAGUCUUACAGCCGUGGAUGGGGAUUUCAAUAUCUGCACAACCAUCAACCAACCAACUGUGUAGCCUUGUUGACAGGAAGCCUCAUUCUCAUGAAUCAAGGUUAUCUCCAAGAAGCUUACUUAUGGACAAAACAAGUCCUUGCUAUUCUGGAGAAGUCGAUGGUCCUAUUGAAGGAUGUUAAGGAUGGCUCCUUGUAUGAAGGCGUGGCUUAUGGCAGCUACACCACCAGAUCACUAUUCCAGUACAUGUUUCUGGUACAAAAGCACUUCAAUAUCAGCCACUUUGAUCACCCCUGGAUCAAGCAGCAUUUUGCUUUCUACUAUAGGACUGUUCUCCCAGGUUUCCAAAGGACCGUGGCCAUUGCUGAUUCAAACUACAACUGGUUCUAUGGGCCGGAAAGUCAAUUGGUGUUUCUGGAUACCUACGUACUGCGCAAUGGCAGUGGCAACUGGUUAGCAGAGCAGGUUAGAAAGAAUCGAAUACAGGAAGGGCCGGGCACACCAGCCAAAGGACAGAGGUGGUGUACACUCCAUACUGAAUUUCUAUGGUACGAUGGCUCCUUGACUCCAGUCCCGCCUCUGGAUUAUGGGUUCCCAAAAUUACAUUAUUUUGAAGACUGGGGCGUUGUAACUUAUGGAGGGGCUUUACCAGCGGAACUUAACCGACCCUUCCUGUCCUUCAAAUCAGGUAAACUGGGAGGACGUGCAAUCUAUGACAUAGUUCAUCAGAAGAAAUAUUCACAAUGGAUUAAUGGGUGGAAGAAUUUCAAUGCUGGCCAUGAACAUCCUGAUCAGAACUCUUUCACAUUCGCACCGAAUGGUAUGCCUUUCAUCACAGAGGCUUUGUAUGGCCCAAAAUACACCUUUCUCAACAAUGCUUUAAUGUUCUCUCCAGCCACAGCAGACACUUGUUUCAGCCCUUGGGAAGGGCAGGUGACAGAAGCAUGCAACUCAAAGUGGUUGAAAUAUAAGCAUGGGAUUUCAGGGGAUUGCCAUGGCCAGGUCAUUGCAGCUUUGGAGCAGAAUGGAGUGAUCUUUAUCAGAGGAGAGGCAGUGGGAGCUUACAGCCCUAGCUUGAAACUAAAGAGUUCCCAAAGGAACCUCCUCCUUCUGCAACCCCAGCUUUUACUCCUCGUGGAUCAAAUCCACUUGCAAGAAGACAGCCCACUUGAAAAAAUGAGUGCAUUUUUCCACAACACCGAUGUGGCCUUUGAGGAAAUCUCUGAAGAUGGAGUGAAUGGAGCAUUUAUUAGACAAAAGGAUGGCCAGUAUACAAUGUUCUGGAUGGAUGAUAAAGGCAAUAGUGAAAAGGCUGGACUGGCAUUCAAGACUUACCCCCGUGGAUACCCAUACAAUGGAACACAUUAUGUGAAUGUCACAACCACGCUGAGGUACCCAGUCACCAGAACAGCCUAUAUCUUCUUUGGACCUUCUGUGGAGAUUCAAAGCUUUAGCAUUCGAGGAGAUUUGGAUCGAGUAGACGUAUAUCUAGCAACAAAUGAAAAAACAUAUACAGUUUACCUCUUAACUGGGGAAACUGCUGUGAAACCACUGUUUGCUAUGGUACUAGCUGACCGCCAGAAAAUCGUGUUUGACAGAGCUUCUGCAAUCAGGGAUGCUUCAGUGCAGGAGGUGGAAGAUUACAUGAAUGUUGUUGAGGAAAAUCUUCAACAUGCAAAACCAGUGUUUCAGCAGCUAGAAAAGCAGAUCUUGGCCCGAGUCCUGAACACUGAUAACUUCCGAAAGACUGCCGAGCGUCUUCUAAAACUGUCGGACAAAAAGAAGACUGAGGAAGCUGUUGAAAAGUUAUUUUCUGUCUCGUUUGGACAAAGCAAGGCCAAAAAACUGAGAAAAGGAAAAGGUGAUGGUGAUAAAUUUUCCAACAACCUUCCAGAUAUUUUUGCACAAAUUGAAAUGAAUGAGAAAAGGGAGCGGAAGAAGUUACUGCAGAAAAUGCAAGAAGACACUUCUGAUGAGAGAAAUGACGAUGUGAAGGAGACUUUUGACUUUGUGGACUUUUCCGAUGUGAAACCAGAAAAAGGCACAAACAAAAAUGUAAAAAAUGGUUCUGUGAAACCAGGAGCCACUGUUCGAAGUACUGCACAAUCCCUUUCGGCUUCCUACACAAGAGUUUUCUUAAUUUUAAAUAUUGCAACCUUCUUUUUCCUCUUAGCUUUACAGCUAAUACGGUUUCAGAAAGCUCCAAGCUUGUAUGCCCAAAGAUUCCUCUAUGCAGUGCUUCUACUGGAUAGCUUUGUACUGCUUUGCUUGUACUCCUCUUGUUCUCAAGCACAGUGCUAGACCAAGGAAGCCAUCUUGUGAAAGACUAAAUAGAUAUGCAGUAAUAUUAACUAAACUGAGUGCUUAAGGCAAGUACAAAGUUUGCAGAUACAUUUUAACAGAUUUUUACGAGAAGAUACUUAACAGGAAAGCCAAAGAUUUGAUGAAUCAUUAUUAACAAUGCAGAUAAGUGGAAAAAUCAUUAUCUCCACACUCCUAUUAUCUGCCACCCUGAUUAUGUACCAAAAUUUUCCCAGGGCAAGGCCUCGUGUAACAUUGCCUCAUUGCACAGUUUCUUGUGUUAUUUGUAUUUCAAACCCUUUUCUUGUUGAAUAAAACUACAUAAUGUUUAUUUUGUUAUUGUAUUGUACUCACCUUCAUUCCCAUUCCAAGGGUAUUGCAGUGUAACUCCAGAAAUUUGUGAAGUUUUGAUAAUCUACCAAUCUUCAUUAUCCCCCAGGUGACUUCCCUUCAUUGGGUUGGAUCAAGGCGUUCCACUGAACUAAAAUGUAAUAAAUUAUUAGAACAAGCCCAUUGCUUUUAAAUUUUUCAGUUUGGAUUGUCACUAUAUCUUCCUCAUGUAUAAUGUGUGUGUAAACGGUGUCAGGUGGACCUGUACCUUCUCAUUAUCUUUGGAAGUUCUGUAUAGUUUUAUCGUGAUUCCUGUGAUCACUGGUGAGAUCUCACUGAACAGCAAUGACUGUGCACACAAUGUGUCUACUAACUACAGCUGGAUUGUUCAGUUUGUCAUUCUUUCCAUGAUCAAUCAUUAAAGCACAAAUGUUA